UUUACUUUGUGCAAGUCCGAGUUAAGAAUAAUAAAAUUAAAAUAUUAUAAAUUAAAACUACGGCAGCAUUACACAUAUUGAGAUCAGAUAAAAGAUACAUAUAAGCAAAAAGUAGGAAGCAGUUAAAGUCAUAUUUGCUGCGCUUCAAAUUCUUUUUUUGAAAAAUUAAAAAUUAUAAUCAAAAAUGUUAUCAAUGGUCUGAGUUUGAAGUUCAAUUCAGUUUUCAAAAAUAUUUUUUUGAUUUUUUACAUAAAACAUAAAUCUGAGCAAUUCACAAACAAAAAACACGUCACAUCCUUAAUUUGCAACGGAAUUCGCAAAGAAUUCUCUUUGGAUUGGAUUAUUUUAUACGAAAUACUAAUAAUUUUGGAUUGCUUUUAAAAAUCAAUAAGGCGAUCAAUUAGCAGCAGUAAACGUUUUCGGUUUUUACAAAAUUUUCUCUACACAUAAUAACAACCAUCGAAAAUCUACUUAAAUUUGCAUAAAAAAAGGAUGACGGAAACUGAUGGUCCCCGGGUAAUGUACCGAGGGCAUUAGGGUUUCUUUCAAAUAGUUUUUAAACACUACAUGGAUCGCAGAAAUGGCGGCGAUCCCUUGGCGCCUCCCCGGCCCCCUAAGUUAUUACCUCGUGUGCAUCGUCCAAGGGCUCCAGAGCCAACGACGAUGAGUGAAACAGUUGCUACGCAAACAACUCCUGCAAGAACAACAAUUGCAACAAAUACGGAUACAACAACAAUUACGGCAACAACAAGCACAGCAAUACCACAAUGUACAAAUUGUAAUCAACAAAGUUUAAGUAGAAACAAUAAUACGACUCAACAACAGCAACAGCAACAGCUACAGCAGCAACAACAACAACAACAACAAAAUCAUAGUAUUACAACACCUACAACAACAAGAGCAAACACGGCGUCGUUAACAGCCAACAACAAUUUCAGUAGUAGUCAUAGUAAUAGUAGUGGCAUUAGCAAUCAUUUUGGCGUCAGUAGCAGCAACAGCAGCAGUAACAACAACAACAAUAACAAUGUUGCUGUGAUAACGACGCAACCAGAAUUUGACGAUUAUCAAAUUCAUCACUUGACAUUUCUGCCUCAACGUCCUAGCAGUCUUAGUCGAAAUAGCAGUCACGUGAGCACUAACUCAUCAUCAUCAUCAUCUAUAACGGCUGCGAAUAGUUUUACACGCAGACGACCACCACCACCAACACCAGGCGCUGCUGUACCGUUAUUAUCACUAACAGGUAACAGUAGCGGUGGCAGUAACAGCAGUAGCACGAAUUUAAAUAGUUUUCUCAGUCAUUUCCAUUCGAACGCAGAACCCACUUCUCCAGUCACACUGGCGCAACCGCGACCGGAGUCUGAACGACUCACCAAUGAGUAUGUGGAUACGCCACUGCGUACGGCACAACAGCUGCAAUUACAACAUGCAACACGCAUACAACAUCCAGCUGGUCAACAUGAUAAUGGCCAGACAACAACGCAUCAUUUGUUGUUGCUGCCACAGCGUGAAUUGCGGCAACAGCAUCAGCAACAUCAGCAGCAACAACAGCAACAACAACAACAUUCGAACCGUUUGGCAGGAACUGCAGGUACAGGAAAUGCCACAACGGGCACAGAUGGUACGGACGGCUUCAUACAUUCGCACAACAACACUAAACUGUCGACGACAACGACAGCGCAGACGGCGCGGAAGGUUACGCCAACUCCUACACCAGCACGCGGCUUUGCCACACCCGGCAUACAACCGAUAACACAACCAAUUACAAAACAACCCGCCUCUACACAAGGAAAUAGUUCUUGCAAAUUUGCAAAAGACUUACCAGCGCUGGAUGAGCUGCUCGAUCUUCAUAAUAUAGCAACGGGCAUAUCUACACCGCAAGGCAUGGUGUCUGCAGUAAAUGGCGCAAGUCCACUUGGUACACCCAUCAUAAUUGGUGGGGAUCCGGCAUCGCUUAAUCCGAUCACAUGCCCGCGUUGUGAACGCUGUCGUUGCGAGCAGUGUCAGAGUCCACGUCCAUUACCACAGACGUGGGUCUGCAAUAAAACCUGCCUGUGCAGUGCUGAAUCCAUAAUCGAUUAUGCAUCCUGCUUAUGUUGCGCCAAAGCACUUUUCUAUCAUUGCGCACGUGACAAUGACAUGGAUUGCGAUGAUGGUUCCGGCACACCAUGUGUUGAUAACCCAUGUUCAUGUGGUCCUUAUAAACGCACGCAACGCUGGGGCUGGUUAGGCGCAUUGUCACUGGUACUACCAUGUUUAUGGUGUUAUUGGCCUAUGCGUGGUUGUGUGACACUUUGCGAAAAAUGCUAUGGAAGAUACGCUGGACGAGGUUGCCGCUGUCAACAGAUUGGUUCCACAUCGAGCAUGUUACCGAUAGUACCACUAGGCAUUAACAGCAACAAUAUAGGUAACGGGCAAAAUGCUAACUCAUCGACGCAGGGAAACACAACAAAAUCUGUGAAUUCUGGUAGUCAUCAUCACUGCAGCACAGCAAGUCGUAUACUACGUAAGGGUGAUCUGACACCUGAAAAACGCUUACUUGAUUCAAGUCCAGAAUACUAAAUGCGUGUUGUUAGAGUAUCAUAUGAAUACAAAGAGAUCGAAAGAGUUGAGAAGAGCGUCGCAGCGAGUUGAACUGAAAUAGAAUGGAUUGUGGCUGUAAUUCUCUUCAGCGAAAUGUUAACAAAAAUUGGAAGAUAAAAAAAUUGCAGAACGUGAAAAAGUUCUCCAUGUAAAUGCAUUUAAUGUGUGUAAUAAGUUUUUGUGUAACAUUACUUUAGAGAAAAUAAAAACA